UAUCGAGUACACUCGAUAGAAAACCGCGAGUAGAGAACCCGUUUUUGGUCACAUUGAUUCAUGGACGAGAUUUGGGAAACACGUGCGCGGGAAAUAAGGAUCCAUAGACCAAAAUGAUGCAAACUAACUUCCUCCCGUUGAACAUAAGAAGGUUCCAGCAGCGGGCACAGGUGGAGACCCCAGACACGGUAUACUGGGAGCGGUUAUCGAAACCAGACCUCCUCAAGGAACACAACACCAUCGACUACAUAGACUUCAGUCUCACGGAUCCGGACAACUUCGUAGUCACCUGCUCGGUGCGAGUACAGAUCUACAACCUGGUCACAAAGCUGGUGGUGAAGAACCUUUCCAGGUUCCAGAAAACAGCCUAUGGAGCGACGUUCAGGCAGGACGGUCGGCUGCUGGCCGCCGGCGACGAAGAAGGCCACGUGAAGCUCUUUGACACAACGAGUAGGAACAUCCUCCGGCUGUUCAAAGGACACACCGCUCCAGUGCAUCGCACCUUCUUCACGGCGGACAAACUGCAGCUAGCCAGCUUCUGUGACGACAAGUCCAUCCGUCUGUGGGACGUCGCCAACGAGAAGGUGGUCCAGACCUACGAAGAUGCCCAUUCGGACUAUAUCCGGGCUGGCGCCAUGCAUCCCCUGGCAUCGAAUGUGUUCGCCUCCGGCGGCUACGAUGGCAAGAUCCAUCUCUACGACACAAGAGCUGAGAAUGCGGUACAGCAGACCCUGGAUCAUGGUGCACCUGUGGAAUCCAUGCUGUUCCUGCCCAAUGGCUCGGUGCUUGUCACCGCCGGCGGCAACCAGGUCCGUGUUUGGGACAUGAUCAGCGGCUGCCGGCUGCUCACCACCAUGGCCCAGCACCACAAGACCGUGACGUGUCUCCGGCUGGGAUCAGAUGGCCGGCGUCUGUUCUCGGGCGGCCUGGACCGCCACGUCAAGAUCUACGACGUCAGUACGUACAAGACAGUUCACACGCUCACCUAUCCCAAUGCGGUGGUUAGCUUGGGAGUGGCUAGCGGGGAUCAGGCUGUGGUAGCCGGUAUGGUCGAUGGCCUGGUCUCCAUUCGUCGGAUGACCGUUGACAGCAAGCCGAGUCACUUGAAGAAGAUCCGUACCUCGCGGUCAAAGAAUGUGGAGCGCAAGCGGCCAACUCCUCGUCCAACUAUCCCACAAGAUGUGGAUCAUGUCGUCAAGGAUCGUGUGAAAGGACCCGGCCUGAAAAUCUACGACGUACAGCUGCGACAGUUUAACCAUAAGAAGGCACUGGACAAUGUUAUGUAUCUGCAGAGGAUGGAGAAGCAGCCAGAACUGGUAGUGGCGGUGAUCACAGACCUACUGCAUCGGAGAUCCCUGGACAAGGCGCUGAUAGAUCGGCCGGAGCACAUUCUCAUCAAGUUUAUUGACUUUGUCUGCGCCCACCUCUCCGAAACACGUUUCAUGCGACCCCUGAUGAACGCCGCCAGCACUGUCCUGGACGUCUUCGAACGGCAGCUGGUGACCUGCAGCGAUUUGCUAUUAAAGUCUCUGGAGAAGCUAUCCCGGACGGUGCAGAACGAGAUUCAACUGACAACAGAGCUUAUCCAGCUGAAGGGCGCCAUGGAUAUGCUGAUAGGCGUCUCCCUGGAGGGCGAUGAGACGAGGCACCGGCCCACCUACGUCCAGCCGACGAGGGCGCCCAAGAUGCAGCCCUCACAGGCGGCGGAGAAGUAUGUGGUCUUUGUGGAGUGACAUCCUGAUGAUGGCAUGACCCCAUCAUCAUCAUCAUCCGGCAAUUAUGCAUAAAUAGUAAUACCUAUAUUUUAUUUAGUAGGAAUUUUUUAAUUAUGUUUAGGCGCAAAAUAAAGUGUAAAUAAGACGAAAAAAAAUAGACUUAUUCCUGGGGAGAGGUGGAGGAGGGGGAAAAAAACAUCCUUGAUCCUUACUAUGCAUGUAUAUAUCCUUCUUUAUUAAAUACAUACUUAAAAUGAACAUUUUCCUUCAUCAUCUUUUGCCGAUUUUCAUUCCUUUCUUUUUUCCUUGCUUUUUUCGGUUUUUUUUUUAAAUAUACAGUUGAAUUUUUCCUGCACAAGUUGUACAAACAAUAAAAAAAAAAUAUAAUAAAAUAAACGACAAAUUUUUAAUCAUAAUCUUUUAUGGAACAACAAGAGUUGUCCACUUUUUUUUUUAAACUAGCAUUCUUGCAGUUUUUGUUUUUGUUUUUUUUUUAGCAUAAUAUUUUUUUCGAUUUCGAAAUACAGAUUUUUUUUAGCAUUUUUGUUUUAAACUAUUUUCUGUUUUUGUUUUUUUCUGUGUAGAAUUAAAGUUACGAUUACAUUAUUUUACGGUUAUUUGGAAAGACGAAUUUACACUUAGAAUUUGCUUGUUUUUUGUUUUUGUUUUCGGUUUUUUGUUUUUUUUUUUAGCUUAAACUUAAACUCUCGCGCUAAUUAUAAUAUAUAUAAAUCUUGUAUUUAUGUAUAAUUAUAUGUAUAUGUAUAGGUAUAUAUAUAUAUCUAUUCCGCUCGAUCUCGCUAUCAAUUAUACUUUAUACUUUUUUACGUUUUUUGCCAUUUUUUUUUUUUGUUCUUAACAUUAGAGAGAAAAAAAUAUAUAAGAUUACACACUUUUUCGUUAAAUUAAAAAUAUAUAAAAUACAGAUAGGCGUCUUAACUAGUUACAAUUACAUGCGUGUGUGUAUGGGUGUGUUUAUGUGUGUGUGGAAGGACAAUUGCGGAAGUUUUUUGGGGGUUGGGGAAGAGGGACAGGAGGAAGGAGUGUUGUUGUUUGUCGGAAGUGCUGCUGGAGAGCCCCUACAUUUACAAUUAAAUUACAAGUUACAGGUUUAUACUUUAUACGCAUAUACAUAACAGAUAUUGCCUUUACAUUUUACACUCUUCGGUCCUCCGAUCCUGAGAACCGAAGCCAGGAUGCACAUCUUACAUCCUAGCCCCGAGGACAGCCCCUCAGUUUCGGUCUCAGUCACAGUUACACAAUUCUAUAUUUCCGAGAGUCUGUACAACAUACAUCUUAGCGUUGGCUUUUUUGUUUUCUUUUCUUUUUUUUUUUGUUUUUUGUGGAAGGGAGGAGGGGAUUUUCUACUGGCUUGCUACUGACUACGACGGGGGGGAAGCAGGCGCAAUAUAAUCGAAUAUGUGGGCAUUCACA